CCGGAAGUCAGUGGAGGAAGCCUGUAGCGGUGGGACUGGAGGAUGAGCGUGUCUUGUCUGCUCAAAGCAGGAGGGAGAUGGAGAUCCUUUCCAGUUCCAGUGGAGUUAUCCUUGUUCCAGACCCUACGUAAUUUCUGCUAUCGGAAAAAAUCUACUGCACCUGAGAAAACUAUCAGCAGUGUUUCUUUUUAUGAUGAAAAUGCAAAGGAAUCUGGAAAUGCACUUAACAAGCUCUUCUCUUCAGAACAGCAGGCUUCCAUCCUGCAUGUGUUGAAUACAGCAUCUAAUAAAGAACUUGAAGCUUUCAAAUUGCUUCAUGGAAAAAAGUCCAUCAGUAUUAUAGAACACAGAGAAAAGUUUGGGCCAUUUCAGGAUUUGGAGAGUUUGAUGAAUGUGCCCUCGUUCCAGUUUAAAACUAUUGUUCAAGUUUGUAACUCGAUUCUUUGUCCAGAGGGUGAAAAGAAAAAAAGAAAGUUGCAGGAAAACCGACUGUUGGGAAAGCUCAUCAAACCAGACAUAGAAAGAGAGAGACUUAAGGCAGCCAAUAGUAUUUUAUCUAUUGUUUUUGGUACUCAAAGAAUUGCCUGGGCUCUCCUUGAUCGAAAAUUGACAGUGCUGGACUGGCAGCAAAGUGACUAUUGGAAAUUAGUGAAUAGAUCCUACCCAUCAUCACUCUAUUUAAAAGAGAUUUCUUCAGUCAUUUCAAAAAUGCCUAAAGCAGAUUUCUAUGUUCUGGAAAAAACAGGACUUUCCAUUCAGAACUCAUCUCUGUUUCCUGUACUGUUACAUUUUCACAUCAUAGAAGCCAUGCUGUAUGCCUUAUUAAAUAAAACUUUCACCCAGGAUGGCCAGCAUCAUGUGCUGAGCAUGAAUCGAAAUGCAGUUGGGAAGCACUUUAAACUGAUGAUUGGCGACACUCGGACUAGUGGGAAAGAACUAGUGAAGCAGUUCCUCUCUGAAUCUGUACUGAAGGCGAAGCCUCGGGUGUUCUUUCCACCAGACAGAGUGGUACACUAUCGACAAAUGUUUUCAUCUGCUGACCCACCUGAUUCACACAGAAGAGAAGAGUUAUAUGAUUCAUUGUUACAAGCUAUUGCUUUCUAUGAGUUAGCGGUUUUUGACACCGAGUCUUAGAAUUCUGAGAUGAAUGUACCUGCUCUGUUGUACUAUACAUAUUUAUUCUAAUUAUAAAAUCAGCUAUUCUGAACAACCAUGCUAAUGGAGAAUAAAACACAUUUUGAGUA